AUGACGGCGACAUCAUCUUGUGCUCCACGCCGCGAGGUGCGAGUAGCCAUCGUUGGCUCGGGUCUCACUGGCCUCGUCGCUACCUACCUCCUCUCCUCCUACAAGCCCGACUCGCCAGAUGCACCACGUAUCAGCGUCGAAAUCUUUGAACGAGCCAGCACUGUUGGAAUGGAUAGUGCUAGCAUCACCGUUGCUUUGCCACUUGCUCCUUCUGCAUCCACCACCACCAACACCACCUCAUCUCCCAGUCAUACCACUACGACGCACGACGACGGCGGUUUGAGAUCACGCUCACAAAAACGGCCCAAGCUAGAGGUGGACGCAACACCAACACCUGCAUCAUGCGAGGAAGCAGAAAGCAAGUCACCACAAAGCUUGCUCCGCAUCGACGUUCCAAUGCGAGCCUUCACCGGCGGCUACUACCCUCAACUCCUCGCUCUCUAUCGUCAUCUCGGUAUCAAGACCAAAAAGACCAACUUUACCUACUCUUUCGCUACUCUUCCUCCUCCAUCCACACCUACUGUCGCUGGUCCCCCCUCCGCCUCUCUCUCUGCCACUGAACAAGAGAAACUAGGAUGGAAGGGAAGGAUAGCCGAAAAGGCGGCGGUAACACCAUCACCCAACAUCAUCUACAACGGGGCCAACGGACUAGGCGGCGUCAGCCUUCCCUCUUGGCUCCGCAACCCGAACCUGCCCUCCCCCAUGACCAUGACUGCAAUCCUCACCCACCUGUCCAAGAUGCGAUGCUACUUUGCCUCUCUCCUGACUCUCAUCUUUGGGUAUUUGCAACUGCUUCUCAUCGCGCUUUGGCAUCAUUCCCUCGGCCACACUUCCGACCCGACGCAUCCUCUGCGUUCAUACACACUAUUGCAACUUGUUGCAGACCCUUUCCCACCACGGCCCACACCAAGGCGAUUCUCACUCGGCCACACCUCGGAGAGGAUUGUCGAAUCAGUCCUUCGCAAGAUUCUCCACCUCAACCCAACUUUUGCACAGCAGACGCUAACACCGUUGUUCAGCGCAGUAAUGACCUGCACGCUUGGCUCUGUUUGGCAAUGUCCUGCGACAGAAGUGUUGGAUUAUGUAGCCUUGACAUUAGGAAAAGAUCAUUUUGUUGUCAAAGAUGGAGUUGGCCAAGUUGUUGCUGCUCUUCUAACCCACCUUGGUCCUUUUCCGGAUGGAAUCGAGGGAGCGGGAGCUGUGUGGACCAAUGCUACAGUGCGUGAUGUGUAUUAUCGCGAUGGCAAGGCUUAUCUUAGCGUAGUUCACCAUGGCUCGAGUGGUAGUGGAGCGGUGGAGAUGUCUAGAGAAGCGUCAGGGUCAUCUACAUCAACCGAUCGCACGUUGGUUCAAGAGGAGGUUGCAAGGCAACAUGGACCCUACGAUCAUAUUAUCUUUGCAACACAGGCAAAUCAGACAGCUCUUUUCUUGCGGCAUUACAAUGAGAGUCUUGUAGAGGAGAAUGCGGAGAAACAGAGGCUUGGAGAGGUAGUGCGAGGGUUGGAAUUGUGGAAAUAUGAAAAAUCUACUGUCCUUAACCAUUUAGAUCCACAUUUGUUGCCCAGCGACAAACAUGAUUGGAGGGAUUUGAAUCUUGUCACUCCUGUGCAUGGUCAGGGGAAGGAAGGGGUUGGUGACAAUUCUGUUAUAAUGUUGUCAGAUGUUCCUUCUUGUAGCGAUGGUAUACUUGACUCGGCUUGGUUUUUUUGCAACUCAAUCGAAGCUUGGCAGGAUAAAAAUAUAUAUACAAGUGCAACACAUAUUCUCACCACCCCCUUGUCAUCUCCUACCGGGCUGGUGGUAAUGCAAACAACAAACGCACACCCAUCUCUUUCUCCCUUACCAUCGCUAACUCUCUCGCAUUCGACGUUCGAGCGGGCUAUCAUCGAUGUUGCUUCUAACCUUGGUAGACAGAAGCUCUUUUGCUUUUCGCGUACACAAGAGGGUGUCGAGACGGCAGGAGGUAGAAAAGUCAUUCUCGGACCACUCCAGAGGCGCGAGAGGGGAAAUGUGGGUCUUUGGGUUUGUGGAAGUUUCGCUGUAGGUAUACCUUUGUUAGAGGGGUGUGUCGUUUCUGCGAGAUUGGUUGCCGACGAGAUUGCUCGGUUGGAAGAAAUCACUUUGCCUGUUCAUGCUAGAUGGUGA